CUGGCAUGAGCUGAAACUUUUAAAGCUGAUAAUACACGAACGGAUAUAUAUUAGAAACUUUAAAAAGUCACUUAAACUUUUUUGUUGAAUAAAGAAGCCAUCACUCAACACAAACACCCCUUUCAGAAUGCCAGGAGAACGAUUGACGGCGAGCGGUUCUGAUCGGGGCCGUUUCCAUGGCAAUGCCCUGACCAUAGUAGAGGCAACCAACCAGGAGGAGGCGGAGUCUAAGGAGCAGGGGGGCUGUCUCCAGGGUUUUCAGAAGAUAUGCUGCUGCUGGCCACGCCAGAGCAGCUUGUACGACAUCACAGAUACAGUUGUCAAGGACGAAGUGGUGAAACCGGCCCCGCUUCCUGAGCCCCCUCAGCCCCACACUGGAGACAAUGAGCUGGAAGAGUUGAUGUUGUCAGUGCACUCGGUGGAUCUACUGAGCUCUAAAACGGGUCAGAACCGCAUGGAGCAUCACACCGACCAUUACCAUGGCAACGCGCUCAUCAUCCGACGUGGCCAGACCUUCCAGAUAGAACUGGACCUGUCGCGACCUUUCAACUCCAACACAGACAAACUCCACCUGGACCUCAAGACAGGACCCCUCCCCAUGGUGUCAAAGAACACGCACGUCAUCAUUCAAUUGGUGGAAGAGCUGGAGGACGACCGCUGGGAGGCCAAGAUAGUGGAGCGGAACGGCAACAGGAUCAAGCUGUCCGUCAACUCACACGCCAAAGCUGUGAUUGGCCAGUACAAGCUCACCGUGACGGUGGAGUCUCCAAAGGGCGAGUCUGCAACCACACACGACCCCAGGAGAGACAUUGUCAUGCUGUUCAACCCCUGGUGUGAAGAUGACACAGUGUACAUGGAUGAUGAGGAGGAGAAGAAGGAGUAUGUGCUGAAUGACACAGGAAGACUCUACUACGGCACAGAGAAACAAAUUGGAGAUCGCACAUGGAACUACGGACAAUUCCUUGAGGGGAUGCUGGAGGCCUGUCUCUAUGUGCUGGAGAAGAGUGAGAUCCCUCCGCCUGGUAGAGGGGACCCUGUCAACGUGGUCAGAGUCAUAUCUGCCAUGAUCAACGCCCAAGAUGACAAUGGGGUCCUGGCAGGGAAUUGGUCAGGGAACUAUGUAGGAGGAGUUUCCCCCACAGCCUGGAAUGGCAGUGUGGAGAUCCUGAAGAAAUACCAAAAGGAUGGAGGCCUGCCUGUCAAAUACGGACAGUGCUGGGUCUUCUCUGGGGUCACCACCACAGUGCUCAGGUGCUUGGGUAUACCGUGCCGUAGUGUAACAAACUUCCAGUCGGCCCACGACACAGACGUCUCACUCACCACAGACAUGUAUUUUGAUGAGAAUAUGGAGCCGUUAAACGAACUCAACACUGACUCUGUUUGGAAUUUCCAUGUAUGGAACGACUGUUGGAUGGCCAGGCCAGACCUUCCUCCUGGUAACGGCGGCUGGCAGGCAUUAGACGCCACCCCGCAGGAGACCAGCCAGGGGACCUUCCGCUGUGGCCCUGCUUCUGUCACCGCCAUCCGCACCGGCCAGGUCUACCUCAAAUACGACACACCAUUCAUCUUUGCUGAGGUGAACAGUGAUAAGAUCUACUGGCAGAGGAACCUGGAUGGUAUCUUCACUCAGAUCCAAUGUGAAAAGAAGGCCGUGGGCCACUGCAUCAGCACCAAGGCUGUGGGCUCUGACAAACGCGAUGACAUCACACACCUGUACAAACACACCGAAGGAUCAGAAGAGGAACGUAUCGCCGUGGAGACGGCCAGUCGUUAUGGCACCAAGCCUGAUGUGUACUCUACAUCCAUGGCGGAGGACGUGAGCUUGGAGGUGAAGAUGGAGGGAGAGGGACCUCGUAUGGGGGCUGACGCCCAGCUGACCAUCGUGAUGACCAAUUUGAGCUCCCAGACCCGCAAGACCACGCUACACAUCCAGGUGGCAGUCAUGUACUACACCGGGGUGCUGAAGGGCACCGUCAAGAAGGACAAGAUUCCCGUGGUGCUCAAGCCCAAUGAAGUGAAGACCAUGGAGUGGGUCCUGCCCUACCAUAGCUACCAGGACCAGCUGGUGGACCAGGCUGCUCUAAUGCUGACUCUGUCUGGACGGGUCAGUGAGACCCAACAGGUCCUGGCCACUCAGACCAGCUUCAGGCUACGCACACCCGACCUCAACAUCGAGGCUGUAGGGGAGGCGGUGGUAGGUAAGAAGAUGACAGCCAAGAUCACGUUCACCAACCCUCUGCCACGUACACUGAGGGGCGUGGUGCUCAGGGUGGAGGGACUGGGCCUGCAGGAGCUCAAAGAGGUGGUUGUGGGUGAUGUUGGGAGCCACUCUACGGUGACUCGGACAGAACACUUCAUACCCACCCAGGCUGGACACAGGAAGCUGGUAGCAGCUCUGGACUGUAAACAGCUGACACAGGUGCACGGGGUUGCUGACAUCAUUGUCCAGGACCAAUGAGAGGGAGCCUUCCACUGCUCUCUCCUGUCCACUUAUCUGGUGUUUCAUUCAAGUCUCCUAAAAGAAAAUGGGAAGCCUUUUAUUCAGUUUUACCAUGAUUUGAGUAUAAUUUUUUUUUUUUCAUGCUGACAUGUAAUUAAGGAAAUACCCUGAUCUUUGGAUGAAGUUGUACUCUAAAUUGUUUUACCAGUGUUAAUGUUUUUAAUACUCACGUCAUAUUUUUCAAAUCAAUCAAGUUUAUUUGUCACAUGCUUCGUAAACAACAGGUGUAGACUAACAGUGAAAUGCUUUCUGACGGGCCC